CAACUAGAUUCUGCCCAGUACUCUUCAUAAAUUCAAGCAAUUUGUGUCUGUUUAAGAAAUUUUAAAAACAUUUUUAAAAAACUUUUCUGAACAAUUUUCCUUUAAAGCAUGGCGGACGAGGUAUCAGCGUAUGCCGCCUACGGCAAAUCGCUGCCAAAAAAGAAAGCACCAAAGAGGCAAGGAAAACGUUUGCCAAAGAAGACAGGAAAGCAAACGCCCAAGACACUAGCAAGGCGUUUGACAAAGAACACAGUAAACCGUGCGCAAAAGCAGCACAAAGCAAAUGGGCAAAAUAACGGUGCUGCAGUCAAAAGGGAAAAUGGCGUGCAAAAGAAGCCGAAAGCUAAGAAACUGGGCACACCCGACAACGCCAGCGCCGGCGCCACACGCAUUGACAGCACCAGCGGCAGCAUCACCAACAACAGCAAUAACAAGAGCAUGCCGUCCAAGAGGAACAAAGGCAGGAGAUCCGAUGGGUCCGAUACAGAGCAAAGUGAGUCUCUGGAUGAUACAGUUAAUAUGGCCAGAAAGAUGGCCGACUAUUUAAAUGAGCGCGGCGAGCAAAAUUUUGGCUCUGAUGAUGACAGCAGCGGCGGCAGCUACGAAGAAUACGACAGCAGCGACAAGGACGACGAUAUGAGCGAGAGCGGUAGUGCGAGUGAGAGCGAAAGCUGCAGCGAGGACUAUAAUAAAAGCAGCGACGACGACAGCGACAAUGAGUGCGGUGACGGCGACAGCGACAGCGACGGUGACUGCGGCAGCGAGGGCAGCAGUGCCUGGGAGAGCGAAAGCGGCGAUCAGUUUAGCGAGGAAUACACGCUGAAUAGCCACGCCAACAGCAGCAGCAACAACGACUGCAGCCGCAGCAGCAACAGCAACAACGAAAGCAGCAAUAGCAACAACGACUGCAGCCGCAGCAGCAACAACGACAGCAGCAACAGCAACAACGACAGCAGCUUCAGCAGCGCCAGCUCUCCCGAGACUUCAGUUAUGCCCGUUGACAGCAGACGCAAGGCACCCAAACGCAGCGAGCAUUUGUCCAGCAAUGCCGAUGCUAGCGAUUUCACCGAUAGCAACAACAACAACAACAACAAUACCAAACCGCCAGCUGCCAAGCUGCAGAAGCUUCAGCUGCAGCAAAAACUGAAACAAAAGCAACUGGAGAAACAAGAGAAACGCGCAAGCGCCGCUGCGCAGCGCGAAAAUGUGGCGCCCUUCUGUCCGCUGCAGCGUACAGCGACAAAUGCCAAGUCGUGCCCGCUGCCCAGCAAGGAGGCGGCCAAGCCGGGCCCCAAGUCGUGCCCGCUGCCCAGCAGGGCAGCGCAGGCAGCAAGUAAAAUGGCGCCAAACAAAAUGGCGGCCAAGUCGUCUGCGCUGCCGCCCAAAAACGAAAGGGCGGCACAACAAAAACGCGAUGAACCACAGGAGCAACAGCGGCCAAAAGGUAGACGCAGCGAGAGUCAGGUGCCGCUGCCUGCGGCAACGGGAGAGCCACAGCCGGAGGUGCAUCUGCAGGACAGUAUUGAGGAGGGCAAACGUAUGCUGCACUGGCUGAUAAAUCCGAUGACAUCCGAUGAUUUUUUCAGCCAAUACUGGGAGCGCAAUGCGUGCCAGGUGAAACGCAAGCAGCCAAACUAUUUCUCACAGCUCAUCUCGUUUAAGCUGAUUGAUGAAAUGCUGAUACGCAACCAUCUGGAGUUCACCACCAACAUCGAUGUGACCACCUAUAAGAAUGGGGUGCGUCAGACCCAUAAUCCGGACGGACGCGCCAUGCCGCCGACCGUAUGGGGCUUCUAUGGCGACGGCUGCAGCAUUCGCAUCCUUAAUCCGAGCACAUAUUUGAUUAAAGUGCGUCAGCUGUGCGCCAUGAUGCAGGAGUUCUUCCAUUGUCUGGUUGGAGCCAAUGUGUAUUUGACGCCGCCGAAUAGCCAGGGAUUUGCGCCGCAUUACGACGACAUUGAGGCGUUUGUGCUGCAGGUGGAGGGACGUAAACGCUGGCGUUUAUAUUCCCCGCUGCAUCCAUCCGAUGUCCUGGCACGCACCUCCUCUGGCAAUUAUAGCCAGCAAGAGCUGGGCGAACCGCUCUUCGAUGCCGUGCUGGAACCGGGCGAUAUACUCUAUUUUCCGCGCGGCACUGUCCACCAGGCGGUCUGUGACCAGCAACAGCACUCGCUGCACAUCACGCUCAGCGUCUAUCAGCAGCAGGCGUACGCCAAUCUCCUGGAGGAGCUGAUGCCUGCCGUGCUGCAGCGCGCCAUCAAACAUCAUUUGAGCUUGCGGCGCGGCCUGCCGCUGCACACUUGGCAGCAUCUGGGCCUGGCCAAGGGCGACCAGAAGAGCGAGCUGCGCGACAAGCUGCUGGGCACCACCAGGCGUCUGGUCCAACAAUAUUUGAUGCCCAGCGAUGCCCAAAUCGAUGCUGCCGUUGAUCAGCUGGCGAAGCGCUUCCAGCACGAGGCCCUGCCCCCCGUUGUGCUGCCCGAGGAGCACGAGCGCACCGUAUUCGGCUCACGCAGCCAAGCGAACUCCCAUGGUCAGUGCCUGUGCGACUAUGAGCUGACCGAGCGGACCAGCGUCCGUUUGCUGCGCGCCAACAUCUUGCGCCUGGUCGCCGAGGGCAGCAGCCUGCGUGUCUACUACUAUGUGGACAAUGCUCUCGAGUUUUGCAAAUAUGAGGCCAACUUUAUGGAGAUUCAGCCGACAGAGGCUGCCGCCGUUGAGGCCCUGAUGAGCGCCUAUCCCAAGUAUCUGAAGGUGGCCAAAUUGCCGCUGCGCAGCGCCGAGCGUCGCAUCGAGGUGGCCACCGCACUCUGGGAGCGCGGUCUCCUCAUGACCGAGAAGCCCUUCAAAUAGCCCGCUCAUUUAUCCAUUAGCUUUUAUAUAUCGAUUCUUAUUAGCAUCUAGUAUUUUAGCACAUUUGUAAUUUGUCCGCUUUCCAAGCUCUUUUCUCCUGGGGCUUUGGACUGCGCACACACAUACUACAUAAUCCAAAAAUUGUCAUUAAAGAUUCGCCUUAAUAUUGCUAGUCAUUUAAACAACAA